AUGGUGAAGAAAAAUCGCAAAGCUGUUCGGUCAUUCGUGGCGGAUGAUCAAGAACCUGAACCUCCCUCGCCUGAACAGGAUAUGGAUAGCCGGAGACCUAUUCUGGAUCUCGUUUCUAGCCUACAUCUCAACUCCGACUACAGCGAUUUGGUGAUUAUUUAUGGGGGUAAAACCUUCCCAGCUCAUAAGCUUGUAGUUUGCCCCAGAUCAGAGUAUUUUAAACAGGCUUGUUUUGGAGGAUUUAAGGAAGAGACUGUAGUUAAUAAUAUAUCAGAACCUGCUCUAAACGAGCUUGAAUCAGAGGUAGCCACCAACGAAAACGUUAUUCCUAGCCUAGAGUGUACCGAGCCAGGCCUAGUUGGAGGGCCUCUUGAAAAGGUCCCAAGUGACUUAAUGGAGUCUAUCGUCAAUCCUUUGGGUGGAUGUCAUCCAUGCUACAUCCACAUGUGUAUUUUCGGCGAAGCGGAUUACCUUAUGAUCAUUGAUCUGAAAGACAGAGCAAAGGAACAAUUUUGUGAGUCUCUUAGUGGUUGCUAUGGUAGGAAAUUCUUCGCGGAGAUAAUCAAGGAGCUUUAUUCAGAUAGAGCAAACUAUCAAAUCUUGAGGAAACUGGCAAUUAAUGUGGUGAUCGAUCACUUGCCAAAUCUUUGGAAAAGAUUCGCCCCAGCGAUCGAUAUCGAGCUCAUGAAAGCAGUUCCUGAUUUUUCUAUUGAUCUAUGCCUUGCGACCCUGGAUAACUAUAUGGUCGAACCGUCCAAUAUGAAGCUAUAUCCAUUCCCUACUGACUUUGAAUAUAGAGGAGUUGACUACGAGUGUAAAGCCUGGGAUACUACGAACUGGUCGUACCAGAACUAG